AAUUGCAGCCAAAAUCGGCUCACUUCUUGUAACUCCAGGAUAUCCCUCCUUCUAUACGCUCUGUAGUGGAAUGACUUGACUAUGCGGUCUGGUAAUCACUUAUUUCACGAUCUUACUAGUCAACAAUGAGUUCAACAGCUGUGACGAAGCCUGGCGCAGUACCUUCGGUACAAGAAUACAGCAUCAGAGUUCCAAAGAACAGUAAAAAAAAGCACAAUGUCAUGCGAUUUAAUGCAACACUCAAUGUUGACUUUUCAAAAUGGUCGCAAGUCAAGAUGGAGCGUGAAAAUAACAUGAAAGAGUAUAAAGGCAUGGAUGAGGAGAUGCCAAAGUUUGGAGCAGGAUCCGAGUUUGGUCGCGACGCGAGAGAAGAAGCAAGGCGAAAAAAGUUUGGAAUAACAAGUAGAAAAUACAAACCAGAAGAUCAGCCUUGGAUUCUUAAAUCAGGAGGUAAAACAGGGAAGAAGUUCAAAGGAAUUCGAGAAGGUGGAGUCAGUGAGAAUGCAGCAUACUAUGUUUUCACUCAUGCACCCGAUGGUGCCAUUGAAGCAUUUCCUUUGCAUGAAUGGUAUAAUUUCCAGCCAAUACAAAGAUAUAAAGCUUUGAGUGCUGAAGAAGCUGAGCAAGAGUUUAGUAGGCGGAAUAGAGUCAUCAAUUACUUUUCAUUAAUGAUGCGAAAGAGAAUGCGAAACGACGACGAAGGCGCCGAAGAUGAUCCAGAAUUAUCUGAAGGUGGUAAAGGAAAAAAACUCGGUAAAAAAGAAAAGGAAUUGAAAAUAUCAGAAAUGGAUGAAUGGAUGGAUAGUGACGAUGAUGAUUCGAGUUCUGACGAAGACAAGGAGAAAAAGAAUUCUGAAGAAGAAGAGGAUGAUAAAAAAAAGAAAAAAAAAGCUAAGGAGGAAGCACAAAAAAAGAAGAAAAAGAAGAAGAAGGGGUCGGAUGACGAAGCAUUUGAAGAAAGUGACGAUGGAGAUGAAGAGGGGAGAGAGUGUGAUUAUAUAUCUGACUCUUCAGAUUCUGAAUCAGAAUUGGAACAACAAAAGGAAAUAAAAUCUGUGGCUGAAGAAGAUGCUCUACGAAAGCUUCUUGCUUCAGAUGAGGAUAGUCAAGGGGAGGAGAAUGAGGAGGAAAAGAAGGAUGGAGAAGAUGACAAAGAUGAUGAUGAGGACAACAAAGACAAAGAUGAGAAGGAAAAAGACAACAAACUCAAUAAGGAGUCCGAUAAAAAGAAAGAUAAGAAGAAAAAAAAGAAGCAAUCAAAAAAAAAAGACGUAAAAAAAUCUGGAAUUGGAAAAGAUUCAUCAAGUGACUUCUCAAGUGAUUCUGGAUCCGACUCUGACAUACCUAGAGAAAAAGACAGUAAAAAACCAAAUAGUGCACAGAGUUCAAGGUCUGUGACUCCUGUCCUUCCUGGAGUCUCGGCUGAUUGUUUUAAACGAAAACAAUCAGGCUCACCAGAUCUGUCACAGUCGAAAAAAAUCAAAUUAGAUAAUUUCAACUCUGCCCCAGUGACAUCAUACUUUCCAGGAGCCAGUGAGUCUGGUAUAACGGAGGAUGCUGUCAGACGUUAUCUGAUGCGCAAACCAAUGACAACCACUGAGCUUCUACAGAAAUUCAAGUCCAAGAAAACGGGUUUGACCUCAGAGCAAUUGGUUAACGUCAUGACACAGAUAUUGAAGAAAAUAAAUCCUGUUAAACAAACUAUUAAAAAUAAAAUGUAUCUGUCAAUCAAGGCACAACAUAAUUGAUGUCCAAACAGAACAUCUAGUUAGCUACUGUAUUUGAAUAAAUUGCAAUGUCACCUUAA